UCGGCAGCGAUGGUGGGCGAGUGGAACCCAUGAGGGAGCGAAGCCGGGGAGGGGGAAGCGAGAGCGCGAUACACGGAGCGAGCGCGAGAGAGAAAACGAGCACGAGCUGGAGACAUGGCCGGGGUGUUCGACAUCGACCUGGACCCCGAGUACCAGCAGGAAGAAGCCAUCUCGGACGAGGAGCUGGAAGGGGUGCAAUACAGUGACUGCAUGGAACAUGGUGUUCCCUUUGAACUGGAUAUGGAGCACUGUGAAAAGUUUGAAAUCUCUGAAAAUAAUGUGAAUCGAGGUCCAGAAAAGAUCAGACCAGAAUGCUUUGAGCUUCUCCGUGUACUGGGCAAAGGUGGUUAUGGAAAGGUUUUCCAAGUCCGAAAAGUGUCAGGAGCAUACACUGGAAAGAUAUUUGCUAUGAAAGUACUAAAGAAGGCAAUGAUUGUUCGUAAUGCAAAGGACACCGCACAUACUAAAGCAGAGCGCAGUAUCUUAGAAGAUGUGAAGCAUCCAUUCAUUGUGGACUUGAUGUAUGCUUUCCAGACUGGGGGUAAACUCUACCUCAUCCUCGAGUAUCUCAGUGGUGGAGAGCUCUUUAUGCAGCUGGAAAGAGAAGGAAUAUUUAUGGAAGAUACAGCUUGUUUUUAUUUAGCGGAAAUAUCAAUGGCUUUGGGGCACUUACAUCAGAAGGGUAUUAUCUACCGAGACUUGAAGCCAGAAAACAUCAUGCUCAAUCGUCAAGGGCACGUAAAACUGACAGAUUUUGGGCUAUGUAAAGAAUCUAUUCAUGAUGGUGCAGUGACCCACACCUUUUGUGGCACAAUUGAGUACAUGGCACCUGAAAUUUUAAUGAGAAGUGGACACAAUCGGGCUGUGGACUGGUGGAGUUUAGGAGCCCUAAUGUACGACAUGCUGACUGGAGCACCACCAUUCACUGGAGAGAACAGGAAGAAGACAAUUGACAAAAUCCUGAAAUGUAAACUCAAUUUGCCACCCUACCUCACACAGGAAGCCAGAGAUCUUCUUAAAAAGCUGCUAAAAAGGAAUGCUGCUUCACGCCUUGGAGCUGGGGUUGGGGAUGCAGCAGAUGUUCAGGCUCAUCCUUUCUUCAGACACACGAACUGGGAGGAUCUUCUUGCUCGGAGAGUUGAGCCACCUUUCAAGCCAUUUCUGCAAUCAGAUGAUGAUGUCAGCCAGUUUGAUUCAAAGUUCACACGACAGACACCUGUUGACAGUCCUGAUGACUCAACCCUCAGCGAAAGUGCCAAUCAAGUCUUCCUGGGAUUCACGUAUGUAGCUCCAUCAGUACUGGAAAGCGUCAAGGAAAAGUUCUCAUUUGAGCCAAAAAUCCGUUCACCUCGUAGAUUUAUUGGCAGUCCUAGGACUCCAGUCAGCCCAGUGAAGUUUUCAUCUGCUGACUGCUGGGGCCGGGGUGCGAACAUGGAACCACCCAGAGAACGUGGGUCAUCAGACUACCCAAUGGAUGUUGGUGUAGAACAGAUGGACGUAACGGUGAGUGGAGAGGCAUCUGCUCCACUGCCAAUCCGACACCCUAUGGGCGUGAGCUCCGUGCCUUUCAAAAAGCAAACGUAUCCAGUGCCCCCAAAUAGACCAGCACAUCUGCGUAUGAACCUAUGACAACAAGUGAACAGAGAUGGAAGGAUAAAAGAUCAUCAAUGCAAGACUGCGCUUGUGCAAGUGCUGACCAAGUACAAAUGUGAGAGUAUUUUUGGGAGGAUACCAAGCCUCCCCAUCUUUCUCUCUCCACAGCCCCCCAAACCCCUUUUCAAAAACAACCAUGGAACUCUUGGUUCAGGAUAUUACUCGAUGAAACUUAUGCAUCACUGAUGGGAAAAAAAGGAGAUUAAACUAAUUGGUGGGGUGAUGAACAUUUUUGUGAGAAGCAUGUACUGCAUCAGUUUAGGGGCAUUAACGUCCCAAGCAGCAUUUCACCUCUUGAGGUUCUGCACUAGACGUUAACCGAAAAGUCCCGUGGCUCAUCAUCGUUAAUGGUGUUGAAGAAAUCUUUCUGCUUAGGUGCCUGAUGAACACAGUAUUACUAAAGGCAGAGUUGUUGCACGGCUUUGCCCGAAUCUCUCAAUCAAACUGCAGCUUAUCUCUGGAGGUUAGGGGGUGCAGAAAAUGCUGGGUGUGUCUGCAUCCGGGAUAGGAAAGAUUGGGUUCUGAUAACGUUAUGACAAAGUCUCAGACACUCGAUCCUAUAUUGUAAUAGUUUGAAACCCACAUAAAUACAGUUUAUGGAAAGAGAUCAUGGAUUUAAAAAAUCUAUAUACACGCUGUAAUGCGUACAAUGGUGAUAGAAUUGUAUUAACUCUUUGGUACAUGCAAGUCUUAAAAACUUAAGUUUGCUUUGUGUAGACUUAAUGUUUGAAAAGGUUUAAAGUUUACCACAUUAUCUGCCUUUUUGCCUACUGCAACUAUACUCUCCUACAGCUGUCUAUAAUCACAGUACUGGAGUAGAUCUGUCUUGUUCUUUUCUAAAAAGAGUUGUACCAUCUCCCAAGUGUGUACCAGCAUGUUGGUGUACCAUUUGUGCAACAAGCACUUUAAAAUCUAGCCUAUCUGCAUUUCUGGAUCAUUAUGAAGUUCAAUUUUAAAUCCCUUCUGUACCCUUUAAAUUUCACCACAUUGCUUCUCUUUUGAACUAUGUUUUCGUGCUGGCAUCCAUGCCACAUACCUCAAUAGCAUAAUAGGGCCUAAAGUUGGGGUCCUCCAAUCUACUGGAUGUAAGUGGUCAGUAAGGUGGGGAUGAAAAAUGAAGGAUAUUAAUUUAGACUGAAACCAAGUCUUCCUGUUCUGCAUUCAAACCCCUCUGAAGUCUGAAAUUCAGUGGCACCUCCCACGUAUAAGUUGUGGUUCUAAGCAGAAUACUGUGUUAAGAUCUCUAAAAGAACACUUCCCACAGCUAUAGUACUUGACUGACAUUUGUUCUGAUUAUAUCAUUGCUGUGUAGUAGAUUUUCAGGUCUGAUUUGUGUGAAAUGUGUGCGCUGAAAUGUUUUUAUUUGCAAGCUGCUUUUCCUGUAUCUGUCUCUGCUAUUGAAGUCAGUUGAGCCAUAGGAUACAAGCCAUAAAUGUCUUUAUGCACGGAAAGGCAGUCUGGCAUGCCUUCGGCCUUUUUGAGUACAAACAAAUAUGAAAGCUUACAUUUACAUUUAAACGCUGUUACACAUACAGACUUGCAUAUAGAGAGACCUGAAAAUGCAGUUCAGAUGCCAUUGAUUUCAGUGACUUUUAUCUUGUUAAAUUGAUAAAUAUUUCUUUCCCAUUUCAUGUCCUUUGGAUCAGAGCACAGUGAUCUCAUUAAUUUGCCAUUUGAAUUUAUCUUUUUGUUGAAGAAAAUUCAAGACUUGAUAAUUUAAAGAGCUCCUUUUCAUCUUGUUCUAACCCAUUGUCCUGAUCUCUAUUGGUAACAUCAUUUACUUUUGGGGGUUGAUUACAAGUCUCACUUAAAAGCUUUGUUUUUCCUGCUUUAUGAAGUAGAAAAUCAUGGCAAAUGAAAUGAUCUCAUUAUGAGGAGCAUGAGCCUAUGGGGCCAUUAAUUGGAGAGAAGGAAUUGUUUUUUCAAAGUAUUUAACCCUAAAAUUCAAAUUUAUUUAGGAGUUAAUUGCUAGUUUUAUCUUUUAUCUUUUCUCCCCAACAAUAAUUUCAUUGCAUUUUCAAUGACGUAAAAUCAUUUAAGCCUGUUCUGUUUAUCAGCAAAAUUUUAAACUCAGAAAUCCAAUCUUGAUUUGUAAGAACAUGUAAAAAUGUUUGGGUUAUGUAGCACAGCAGAAGCAUUGUCAAUUCUCAGUAAUAUUAGCUGUGAAGAGAUUUAUGUUGUAAUAUUGAACUUGGAUUGAUCAGCCUCCAAUGGUAAUUAUUGCAGUUUACUGCAAAUGGCUCAAGAUUCAGUAUCACUCGUUGAAUUUAAUAACUUAUUAUGCAUAUGAUUCUCUGAGUACAUUACUUAUUCAGUCACCUAUCCUGGAGCUGUCCAUGUGACUCAGAAGAUGUUGUGUUCUGAACUAGCUUGACUAUAUCAAUGGCACAUAUUUGUCCAAUUUGCCAUCUGAAAUGCUGCAUUUCAAUUUCACAAUUUCUGUUGGUUUCUCAGGCUUAUGUCCCAAUAAAACCUCCCUUCUUUGUUUGAAAAUGGCCAUGUUCCUAAUCUGCAUGGUUUACCAUGUAACAGUUGGCUAUAAAAGUCAUUUUGAUGUAAUUUUUAGGAUAUCUUUCAGUCUUGUCUGCCCAAAAGGUUGCUGCAGCACCACGUGUUUUCUUUUCUGUUGAGCUUAUUUGAAAUUUGAGGUUCUCAAUGUCUAAACCUGCCCCAUAGCCAUGCUGUUGUAUGGUUUGCUGAAAUAUGAGUGGCCUUUUUUCUCUGAUUCACACAUCAAGCUUUUCUAGGUGACAUGGCUGGGAUUGGAAUUUUUAAAUUUAAAAGUAGGUUUGUAGCGUGAACUUGUGUCCCAACACUACAAGAGGCUGCCAACAAGUUGUAUACCAGACUGAGAUUGAACAGCAUGACAUGUCAGCUUGUAUGUAAUGCACUUAAUAUAAUGUCAUGUGAGAGCUGGUUGCAGCAAUUUUAAUGAGCUUCUUGUGAGAUGCCAUUAACCUAAACUCAGAACUGACCACAUUUGCCAGGAAACACCCAGAAAGAGGGGCAGUUGUGCUCUUAACUCCAAGACUUAGUUGAAGUCAUGAUUUUUUUUUUAAAGUGGGUAAAAUACAUAAUGUACAUUUUAUGUUUACAAGGGCAUCACUACCUCCCACCUUAGUUAUACAAAGUUCUUCAGUGACUUCAAAAACUGCCUUUUUUAUAUUACAGUGCUGAAAUCUAUUAAUUUCUAUUUAACUCGAUUAAAAAAAAUCAGCAAAAACUGAAUUGCACUCUCUACACCACCUUUCAAAUUCACUGCUGCUGUUAAUAAUGCAAGAACUAUACAAUGGUGUAAUAAGGUUUGUUGUUUGAGUUUGUCCAUUAUGUUUAUAUUAUAACUUUUGGGGAUUUACAGAGCUUUGUGGAUCACAUUCUAAUGAUUUUAUGUUUAUCCAUUUCAAUCAGAAAGCCGGAGGCCAGGAGUAAAUACAAUUCAUAGAUUUGAAAUUUGCUAUUGCCCGAGUACCAAUGUUCUAUUCCUACAUUUCAGAAGAAAGAUCAAAUCAAUAACCUGAAUUAUGUUCUAGGAAUAAUGUCUGUUUAACUAUAAGAGCAUCCAAAGUGACAGUUUUGUAAGUGUCAAGUUCAAAGCAACAUUGAAACAGAUUUCUUUGUAGAGAAUUAGAAAUGGAGCCUCUUCGCUUAGAAAAGCUAUUGAAGGAGCUCUAUAACUUGAUUGACUUUGACUUUGUUGAAUUGUUAAUUUUGUAUCCAAAAUCCAACCUAAUUUAUGUUUUAAAAAUAAAGUUCAUUCGCAAUGGAUCAUACACUUGUUAGGAGCUAGGGAAUAGGUGCAGGUGCCCUUGGCUAUCUGAAUUUCUGCAGUCACUAGAGCUGUUGUGUUGAAUUUAGGAGCGCCGAGAGAACAGUGGCUACAUGUUCCCUAUCACGUGUGUCAAGUUAUGUUUCUUGGGCACUACAUGAUGAAAUGGAGAAGUAAGUGGCUUACUACUAUGAUCCGCCAGAUUAGCAAAAAUGUAUUUAUCCAUUGGGUGAUUUGAAGAGGUAUGGGGAUUAGAUCUUGCUGUCUGGGUAAUGAAAAUUCACAUUUUGUCAUUCUUCCAGUACUGCUUCACAGCCACUGUAGACUGACCAUAGAAGAUAGCAAAUUAAGCAUUGAAUCGCUCUUAGUUCUGUUGUCAGUCUCUUUUUUUCUAUUAUCUUUUUAUGUAGCAGUCUGCAAUCAUGUAAAGGCCAAUAAGUUUUCCAAGGUUGUAAUUGCAGAGCACUAAAACACGUUGGAAUGAGUUUUGGUGUCUUUUAUUAAAUAAAAUCCAACACUUACAAAUAGCUGUGCUGAACUUUAUCUGACUUGAAGAUUUUUAUGUAAUGAGCUUUUCAUAAUAUCUGGGGAAGUGUGUCCAAAAUAUUGAAUGCCAAAGUCUGAGGUUGAAUGCCUCUCUGCUUUGCCUGUUUCAUCAGCUGUUUCACAUCCUGACUUCUGAAACUGAUUUCAUCUCUCUCCUGUUCACUCUGUGAUGUGCACCCUCCAACACACGUGCGUGCACUCACACAGGCAGACCACCACAACAUACCCCCCCCCCCCCCGUGCAUGCACGAGUGCGCACACCCACAACAACUUGGAAAAGAAUAAUGUUGGAACAGAGAUCUCUGAAAAGGCUGGGGGAUGGGAAAGGAAGUGUCUUGCAAACCUUGCUUCAUUGUAAUGGUUGGAAUUGUGAAGAGCUGUUGGUAACUUUAAAACAGAUUAAAUUUUGCUGAGUGACUUAACAUGUAAUCCUCGCUGAUGUGUAGUGUCAAUUGAAUGCCUUUGAAAAUAAAUUUCCUAAAAGAUGCUCCAACUCUCAGUUGAUUGAAAGUUGUCUUCGAUGGUAUUGAAAGAUUAACAUUUCCAGUGAUCAGGGCAUAAGAUUCAUGUACAUAAUAGCAUUAUGGCUUUUGGUCCCUGCAGUAAUUAAUCAGUUUUGCAUGGAGCAUAUAGUUUCACAGAACUCUUUUCCUUUCCUGACCUUGAUAGUGGGAUGUUCUUUGGGUAUAUUGAUUUUUUUUUUCCUUGCUUUUCUCUGACCUGAGGUUGGGAUACAGUACUUUUGUGGGGAAGAGAGCAGAAUGAUCAAUACAUUUCAGUGCUGACAUGAGUAGGCCCUUAGGUUCGCAAUGAACUUGAACUAUGCAAAUUUAUUUCACCCUAUGUCUAUUGUAAAUUUAAAACAAAACCUCAAAUUCAAUAUAGAUUUGUUGAGUCAUUUAAUAAUCUCAAAAUGAGGCUUUGUAUUUCAACAGAACUAUAAAGUUUGUGUUUAUUCUUAUUUUUGUAUUAUCGGUUUGAAACAUUGUGGUGCAAAUGGCUAGCUGUUUCAAAUUGUAGAUUAGAAAAACAUUUUGUAAAGUGCUUCCUUUC